CUCAUCUUUUGGCUCAAAUACUAAUACCCCGCUUCCCUUGAAGUAAACAUGAACCAUUCCGGAACCAUUCUUCUUGAAGCUCUUUCUGUGUGUACAAGGAGAGGAGGAAGAGGCAAGGAAGCCUAGGAAAGGCCCCGCUCACCAUCCCCCACCACCAAACGCUUCUUGGUAGGACAAGGAAUUCCCGGAAAAGUUCCUUCCCCCGUUCCUCUUUAACUACCCCUGGCGAUUGCCUAGCCAACAAGACCAGAGCCAGACACAAGACCAGACAGAGAGAGAGCGUUGGAGAGGAGACACAGGUGCUGGAGAGAGGGGUACGCUUGUGGGGAUCGAGAGGAAGAUGUCGAGGUGGGGCUUGGCUGCCAUCGCCGUUCUUGUGGCGGCGACGGCGCUCUUCGUCGCGGCGGAGGCACAGCAGGGCCACCAGACAGAAAGGAUCUCAGGAAGUGCUGGUGAUGUGCUGGACGAUGACCCUGUUGGGAAGCUCAAGGUGUUUAUCUACGAUCUCCCCGGAAAGUACAACAAGAAGCUGCUGAAGAAAGACCCUAGGUGCCUGAACCACAUGUUCGCCGCAGAGAUCUUCAUGCACCGGUUCCUGCUGUCGAGCGCGGUCCGGACUUCCAACCCAGAGGAAGCCGAUUGGUUCUACACACCCGUGUACCCGACCUGCGAUCUGACACCUUCGGGUCUCCCGUUGCCAUUCAAGUCUCCGCGAAUGAUGCGCAGCGCCAUCGAGCUGAUCGCGACAAAAUGGCCUUAUUGGAAUAGGUCGGAGGGGGCAGAUCAUUUCUUUGUCACACCACAUGACUUUGGCGCUUGCUUCCAUUAUCAGGAAGAGAAAGCAAUUGGACGAGGAAUCCUUCCCUUGCUUCAGCGUGCCACACUGGUUCAGACCUUUGGACAAAAGAACCAUGUCUGCUUGAAGGACGGCUCCAUCACAAUUCCGCCAUUUGCACCUCCGCAGAAAAUGCAAAAUCACCUUAUUCCCGGAGACACCCCUCGGUCCAUCUUCGUGUACUUCCGUGGUCUGUUCUAUGACACCGGCAAUGAUCCCGAGGGUGGAUACUAUGCAAGAGGUGCUCGUGCAUCUGUUUGGGAGAACUUCAAGAACAACCCGCUGUUUGACAUCUCGACCGAUCACCCACCAACAUACUACGAAGAUAUGCAGAGGUCUGUGUUCUGCCUGUGCCCAUUGGGCUGGGCUCCAUGGAGCCCCAGGCUGGUGGAAGCCGUGGUUUUUGGUUGCAUCCCGGUGAUCAUCGCAGACGACAUCGUCCUGCCCUUUGCGGACGCCAUCCCAUGGGAGGAAAUCGGUGUGUUUGUUUCCGAGGAGGAUGUUCCGAGGCUGGACAGUAUCCUGACAUCCAUACCAACAGAUGUUAUACUGAGGAAGCAAAGGCUUCUCGCAAACCCUUCGAUGAAACAGGCAAUGCUGUUCCCCCAGCCUGCUCAACCAAAAGAUGCAUUCCAUCAGAUACUGAACGGGCUUGCUCGCAAGCUUCCGCAUGGCGAGAAUGUCUUCUUGAAGCCCGGGGAGAGGGUCCUGAACUGGACUGCUGGCCCGGUGGGUGACCUGAAGCCUUGGUAGCAUCUCUCACGGCGUAGAGAUGUAAAAAAAAAACUUUUUGAAAAGAAAUUUUUACAAACCUGAUAUAGUUUGCGCCUUAUACCGCCAUGGUUGCGUAGUGCUGACCAUAAGCCAAAUGUACAUUUUCGUAUCUCCUUUUCUGAUAGCUAUCAUACCAUAUACCUUUGUCUCUUCUUCUUCAUUAGAUGAUGAAAUAUCAACAAUUGUGGAUUUGUGGAUAUCAUAAUGAAAGUUACAAGGUUUCGAUA